AUGGAUCAAGCAGACAUCCCCGCGCUGCUGGCGCGAAUGGCGAGCGAUGAAGAUGCUUCGCGCAAGAUGGCAGUAUUCAAACUGCAAAACUCGAUUAAUGAUCCAGCAUUUGCCGAUGUUUUCAUAUCCUCAGGCGGUCUAGUCGUCCUCCGUCGACUCAUCAUGACAUCUGCUGGCAACACGCUCGCGUACUCUCUUCAAAGUCUUACCCGAUUACUGGAAGUUGAUAUGGGAUGGGAUAUCUUUGAGGGUCCAACCGCAAGCGAUCUUGUCGAGCGUGUCGUCGAAUUGAUCGUUACAAACCCUCUUGUCAACAUCCUCAGGGGAGCCAUGUCUAUCUUGGUCGCACUUGUUGGCCAUUCCCAGUCUACCAACCAAAGUGAUGCCGCGAACCGAACACCAGGAACCUUUGGCUUCCGCGCCCUGAAACCCGCCGUGGCUGUGCACCCAAACUUCUUCGAGCUGGUUAUACAGCAGCUGCAGAGCGCAGACCAUGCCCUGUGUGCCAAUGCGCUGAUGUUGAUCAACGCCCUGAUCCGAGACGCCGUGUCGGGCGAGAGUACAACAAAUGGUGGAAAGGCUAACGCAGGUUCGGGAGAGGAUUGGGCCAAGUUCAUCAAGCGCCUACAAGACUUGGGGCUUAUCAAGGCAGUUCACCGGCUUAUGCAGAGUUCUGCACUUCAGGACCUGGCACAUCCCAUGCUGGAGUUUCAAACGCUGACCAAAAUUCUAUUGAGGAAGUGGCGCGAGGUUGAUGUUGAUCUCGAGCGACCGGAGCACCGAAGGGCUCUCAAGGGACUUCACCUAGCGAGUGCACCGGAGCGAGCUCACGUAAACGGCCAUUCUCUGGGAAAAGAGUCGCACGAGGCUCCAGGGAAGAAGGGCAGCAAGCGUCACAAUCCCGAAAAAUGGAGGAGACUGGGCUUCGAGACAGAGAGUCCUGCACAGGAGUUCGAUAUGACUGGCUUCUUGGGUAUGAUGGACCUGACCGACUACGUCCGUAGGAAUGAGGAUGGAUUUCAGAAGCUGCUGCUCGAACAGGCAGGCAAACCUACGCCUGAGCGCUGCCCCGUGGCCAGGGCCAGUUUCGCUGUGACGAUGAUACUGUACGACCACUUCGACGUGGACAAGACGGAUCUGGAUGAUGUCAGGGGCUACCAGUUACUGGAGGCCAAAGAUCACGACAGAUUAUUCCGACCCCUACUGCUUCAGUGGUCUCGGCUACACACUGCCGGCUUGUGCGCCUUUUUCCGUGUCUGGAAACUCACUGGCGCGGAACAGGGUGACUUUGAAAAGGUGGUCGAGCUGGUUAGAAUUCUGAUCGAUUGUGUUGUCGGAGGAGCUACAAGGACCAAAGAUGUGGCCGAAGUGGAAGAAGAGAUGCAGGAGUACGACGUACCGCGACUACGGGAGCAGCAAAUGGGCCUGUUGGAAAUGUCGUUCGAAAGCACAUGGGGUCAGCACCUACAACAAGUGAGAGAAGAGUUGAAACAAGAGGCUCUGCAAUUCGUCAAGGAGCAGCGAAUUCGAUGCCUUCUGCAGGGAUCUUGGUUCUCAAAGCCAAUACCGAAGCGAGACAAUGGCGCAGUGAAGCACAGACUAUUCACCCCUACCCCUUGGCGAUAUGCAAAACUCUCUCAUAACCGACGGUAUCUACACUACGCCGACUUCGAGGAAAGGACAGUAACGGCGCCCAGCCUGGAUUCAUUGGGUGAAAAGGUCGAUCUCAGUACUAUCAGCUCUGUUGUAUCCAAUGUUUCGGCACCAAACGAAGACAUCCGGAGCACCAUGAGUGAUUUGAUGGGCAAGGAUGCAACUCCCAAGACAACAACCAAGAUCACCGUCUACAGUUUCGUAAACGCAACGGAGGCGGCAAGGGGAACGGAUAGCAAGGAGCAGCCCAUCUUUACUUUGUGGCCACUAAGCCACAGCCUGGCCUCGGAGUGGCUGGACGGGCUCUUGAUGCUAUUGAACCAAGCACCCAUAACCGCGGAGACCAACAAGCUUGUGAAUCUGGUGAGCGAGUACGGGCUCAAGAUCCGACUAUUGAACGUCCGAAUGGACACAGCUUUUGACGGCCCGGAGCCCGGAGCUGGAGUGAUACCGAGCCGGGAUGGUCUUGAUGAGGAUUAUUUUUUUGAGGUGUGA